AUGUCGUCGUCUCGCUCGCUAGACGGCGUACCUCCUUAUUUCGUCAAAAACCGUUGGGAUGGUGUUCCGCGACCGCAAAGAAAAAAACUUUGGCCUACUGACUUUUCCGGCGGUCUUGACAUAAGGUUGGAGACUUGGAAUGACCCCACUCCUAGGGAAUCAGAAUGGACUGUCCAUGAUCUUCAUGACGCUUGUGUUGAGGCUCUCAGUCAUGAUUACAGCUACUUCCCUUUUUCUUCUAUUAAGCUUAGUGAGGAGCAAAGACAGGAGCAUGAUAGAAAGAGCUCGGUGAUAGCAUUGGAAGUCUAUACCAAGCAAAAUAACAUGCAGCCUACUGAUCUUGAAUUCGUGGAAGUGAAACAAAGAAACAUUAUUGGUGAUUUUGGUAAAGGAUAUUUGCAUCUCAACUUUUUAGUGAAAGGGCUCGAUGAGAUGAGAAAGAUGUUUAUCUCUGCAAGCCUUUGGGAGAGGAUGACUUCAAUCCAUCAAAAAAGAAUGACCAAGGUCGUUGUAAAGGGUGUCAAUUUCGGGCAAAAGAUCUUAUACAUCCCAAUUGUGGUAGCUUCUUAG